AUGGGGCUCAAGCUCCCCGCAGCAGUACUGCUCUCCCAGGUGGCCAAGCUAGGCUCCCUCCUCAUUCUCUUCCUUCUGGUGCUGCUGGUGCCUGCCUUCCUCAGAGUCCCCUAUUGCUACCUCCUCUUCAACGCCAUCGUCCUCGCCCUGGGCAUCCAGGCCGGCCUCCUGCGCCGCGGCAGCGCCAUGACCUCUUCCGACCCUAUCGCCGACGAAGACCGGCACCUGUCUUCGCAGACUGGUCAGGCUGUCACGCCUGUCAGUAUCUUGGUUUCACCGAUUCAGAGGGCUGGAUUAGUCCAUCCCAACGACCAGACGGCGGUUGCAGAUGAUCGUGCGGCAUCUGCCUUUGGAGCAAGUAACAUAGUUGACCUGAAGACCAAGACCAAGAAGGUGGUGCUGACGAUGCUGAUGAAGAAGUGCCCAUCGGCGGCAAGCAUCUUCUUCCUCAGCGCGCUGAACGGAAGCCGAGUCAGCGGAGAGGAGCAGGCAUCCGAAGAGAAGCAGGAAGAUCGUAAACUCGACGUGGAAAUGACUCGGCAGGAGCUGUUUGCCAACACGGAGAGGUUCAUCGGGAACUUCCGCAAGGAGCUCAGGAUGCAGAGGCAGUAG